AUGGCAUCUCUCGAAGCUCUGGAGCAGGAUUUUCGUCUUAUAGAUUACAGUUUCCGCACGUUUUGUGCAGCUCACGGCAUUUUCACUGUUGAAGAUUUUCUUGUGCAUGAUCUCUAUGAACUAGAAACUUUUGCUGAACGAGACUGUAAGCAGGAAAAGUUGAAACAGGGAAUUAGACAAAUGGUCUCUAUAUUAGAGCAUAAGCAUAAGCCUUGGUUAAACGGUAUGGAGUUAUUAGAAGAUGCCGAAGUCAACAGUUGCACUCUAUCGACUGGGUGGGAAAGGAUUGAUGCUCUUCUGCAAGGAGGCUUACGUGUGGGACACAUAACGGAGCUAGUUGGGCAUUCAUCCUCUGGUAAAACUCAAGUUUGCCUUAAAUGUGCGUCACAUGUGGCAAGCAGCUAUUCGGGCAUGGUGAUGUUCUUUGACACGGGCAACUCAUUCUCAGCAAAACGUAUUGCACAAUUUCUCAGUCUAACAGGAGCUGCAAAUAUUGAGAUAAAGAAGAACGUUCAACAGGUAAUGAGCAGCAUAGUCUGCCAUUCGAUAUUCGACAUGUUCACUCUCUUGGACAUGCUUCGUCAGCUGAAGAAUAAUUUGACAUCUCAGGUCGGUUGCCGGGUCAGGAUGCUUAUAAUUGACUCUCUUUCAUCACUUAUUGCUCCGAUUCUUGGAGGUGGUGGUGCACAUGGACACGCUCUAAUGCUCACUGCUGGAUUCUUGUUGAAGGAGCUUGCAAAUGAGCAUAACCUUUCUGUUUUGGUGACUAACCAUACGGUGGCUGGAGAGGCUGGUAUGUGUAAACCAGCAUUGGGCGAGAGUUGGAAGAGCAUUCCACAUGUUAGGCUUCUGCUAUCCAGAAACCGUGCAACCAAUGGUAGCCGCAUUUCGAUACUUAAACACCCAUAUCUGAGUACUGGAAAAACCACGGAGUUCAUGAUGAUGUGA